CUGAACAGGAAAGUAAACAAACUAAAGUGAAACAGAUUUACAAUAUUUCAUUCUUCCUGUAACAGUGAAACAUUGAAUUCGAGCAUUACCAUGAAACCACAUUUUAGACAAUAUUUCCGCGGUUGAGAAGACGGUAUUUCACAGGAAAAAUCAUGUUGGGACUGCUCAAAAUCUAGCUAGCCAAGACAGUAGCCAGUAAMUUUCUUUCCUAUCUGUCGUGUACAUGUUGCCACGCAGUCUUUCAUUGCCGCAUGACUCAAGAGUUGAUUACAAUAUGGAGCAAAAGCUUGCAGAGUUCAGAGCUCGAAGAAGGGCUGAUGUGGCUCCUAAAAUAAGCGAAAAGCAGCCCAUAACAUCAUCUGACAGUGGCAGCACUCUGAUCUCGGCCAGUUGCCAGUCAUCAACAGCUGAUGCAGACACACAGGAGUUUACAGAAUAUCCAAUCUCUGCUGUCUCUCAGGCUACAAGGACUAAACAUUGGGGGGAUGGCUGGUUGCUGGAGAGUAAUCUGGGUCAAUGGCUUGUUUCGAAKCGACUGGCUUUCACAAAUCUGAUUUUGCUGAAGGUGUUGCUUUGGCUGGUUCUACUUGGGCUGUUUGCCGAACUGGAAUUUGGKUUGCCUUUCUUCCUUAUCUCUCUCUUCUACUGGCUGUAUGAGGGGCUGCGGAGCCCAACUGCACGUCAACCAGGAGAACUGAGCGCUUACUCAGUGUUCAACCCAGACUGUCAGCCUCUCCUGGGGGCACUUACUGCAGAGCAGCUAGAGGGAGAGAUGGGCUACAGACCACUCACUGGUCAACAGAUGAGACCCUCAAACAACUGACUUUAAUCUGACAUUUAAUAGCUACUGUACUUUAAGCUUUCCACUGUAAUAAAAAUUAACUGGAAAUGUAUUUAUUUGAAUGUGCACAUUGCUGAUGUUGAUUUUUAAGUCAAAUGUAGCCUAUUCCAAACUACAAGAUCAUUCAACACUGCCACACAUUGAUGAUGCUGUGAUAGCACCAACAUCUGCUUGUUAAUUCCAUUAAAAUGUGUGUACUUGAAACUUA